AGGUGAAGUUUUAGGACAUUGUUUUUGUUUUUGGGUUUCAGAUUUUUAGUUUCUUGUCAGAAUGAGUGAUAAGGUUGUUAUUCUUUCUGCUGUUAGGACUCCUAUUGGAAGCUUCAAUGGCUCACUAUCAACUGUACCUGCACAUAAGCUUGGAGCGGCCGUCAUGAAGGAGGCCAUCAGCCGCGCUGGUGUAACGCCUGACAGCGUGUCAGAGGUCAUCAUGGGGCAGGUCCUAACUGCUGGCUGUGGCCAAAACCCUGCCCGUCAGGCAGCAAUGGAUGCUGGCGUUCCCUUCCCAGCACCUGCCACCUGCAUCAACAUGCUUUGUGGGUCAGGACUAAGGUCUGUGGUGCUUGGGUACCAGUCACUGCGCUGUGGAGAUGCGUCAGUGGUGGUGUGCGGUGGACAGGAGAGCAUGAGUCAGGCUCCUCAUGCUUUGCUCCUCAGGUCUGGUGUCAAGAUGGGCAAUGCUACCAUGAUCGACACCAUGAACCAUGAUGGACUCACUGAUGCCUUCCUCGACUACCACAUGGGAGUCACUGCCGAAAACGUAGCAAAGCGUUGGGGCAUCAGUCGCGAUCAGCAAGACAAGUAUGCGUGUGAGAGCCAACGGCGCGCCAGUCAUGCUCAGCGCUCAGGGCAUUUCUCUGCUGAGCUCAUCCCUGUACCUGUACCCAGCCGACGUGGGGGCGAUGAUAUGCUCGUCAUGGCCGAUGAAUAUCCUCGCCCAAACACUACCAUGGAAACUCUCACUAAACUUAAACCUUGCUUCGUCACUGACGGCACUGGCACUGUGACGGCAGGCAACUCGAGUGGUGUUAAUGACGGUGCGGCGUGCCUGGUGUUGACCACCGCAGACAAGGCCACCACCGCGCCCCUGGCCACCAUCCGCAGCUGGGCGCAGGCUGGCAUCGAACCUGCCUACAUGGGCGUGGGCCCUGUACCUGCUAUUCGAGAAGCUCUGAACAAGGCUGGUUGGUCAGUAGAAGACGUCGAGUUGUGGGAGCUGAACGAAGCGUUUGCAGCGCAGUCGGUGGCUGUCACGCAAAUGCUUGAUGUUGAUUCUGCCAUCGUGAACGUCAGCGGCGGCGCUAUAGCUCUGGGCCAUCCUAUCGGCUCCUCUGGGAGCCGCGUGCUGGUGACUUUGCUGCACGGGCUCAAGAGGCUGGAGAAGAGGAAGGGCGUUGCGGCGCUGUGCGUGGGUGGCGGCAUGGGCAUCGCCAUCUGUGUGGAGAGGGAGGUGUAGUCUGAGCACUUGAUCUACUGACGGUAAAUCCCUUAACCAAGAUUUAGGUACGAAUAUCAUUUGUGACGGUUGAUGCAUCUGUACACAGUGUUAUUAAAUGGCAGCUGAAAGAGCUUGUUGCACGCGAAUAUGUCUCCAAUGGCUUUUCUGGUCUCAGCAUGCACCAGCGAUUUACAGAUCUUCGUUAUUCAGUAUAAGUUCUAUUCCACUUUAAAUUCAGAAAACGACUUGGUCUAUGCAAGUCUGGCAUUUCAAUUUAUCUUGGGGUUUUCUGUGCGAUGAUGAUCUGGUCCGCUAGGAAACCGUGUUGCUUCUUCCGUCUUUGUUUUGUGGUCACAUUUACUUGCCGCCUCGCAAAUUUUCAGAUUUGAGUGUCUUUUAUUUGGCUGUAAUCACACUAUCUCGGCAGUUGCACAAAAAUUGUUGGCCUGCUUUGCUACUAAGACGGUAUUCUUCUAUUGUGUCUUCCUUGAAUACGUGCCGGGUAGCACGUAUAUAUCGGAGAGCCUGGAGGAUUUUAUAUUCAUUUCCUCAAACUAUCUUUCAUCUAAGUGCCUUUAUUAUUCUCUAAGAAUUUUAAAGUGAGUUCUUCACGAGUCUGUUAGAUCAUUCAUAGCAAUUGACGCUGGAAUGCCAUAUAAGUGUUACGUUGGUGCAAUAACAAUUACUCGAUGAGUAAUGUUUAUUUUGUGAUCAGAAUUUAUUUGUCAAAUUUUUUACAUUGAAUUAUGUCCAUAAAUUGGCUUCAAUUUUUUUUAGUAGAUGAAAUCCUCAUAUCUUGUUUCAUCACUCUAAAGUCUAAUCAACACUGAAAAUAGAGAACGAUCAUUCAUGCGAGAAUACGGACCUAAACUCGGAAUUGUCAGGUAUUUAUUGUUAUAUUUACUUGAGAUAAAAAAAGACGAGUUAUUCUUAAAUUAUGUCCUCGAAAAAAGUUGCAAUUUUAUGGUUACAAUUUAUAUUUGUCAGUUUUUAUGAGCUCAUGAAUAACUAUAUGAUCUGAUAAAGCUUUUAAGAUGUUGUUACAGAAAUUUCAUACAUUUGCUUGAUCUUAGACCUAUAAUAUUCGUAAGCAAAAACAAUGAUGUGUUGUAAAUGUCUAGCUAAAAUUUUAUUCCUUGUGUGCCGUGUUGUAAAUGUCUAGCUAAAAUUUUAUUCCUUGUGUGCCUUAUAUACGUACUAGCUGCAGUUGCCUGAUUGAAUUCGACCAUUUAUAAACUAGAAUGUAACGCUGUGUACCUUCCUUGCUUGUGUUUGGCAGCUACUGUAUUAACGAGUGUUUUCUCAUAUAAUAGGUUUUGAACAAAUUACAAAUUUGAAUAUUUAUGGUUUAACACAAACAACGCAAGGUACCAAAGCAAGAGGAAAAUCGAUUGUUAGUGUCCCACUUUUUAAUCCCAACAUUCCGAGUCAAGUGUUGUGCGAUUUCUUUAAAUAAUGUUUGUACCUAUGUCCGCAAUCCUUCUUACCUUCAGCUACUUCUGUUGGCAGGUCCUGAUUGAUUUACUUGUUAAAGCAUUUCAAUUAAUCUGUAUUCUUCCAUGAGAGUGUUUUAUCAAUGUUUUUAUGCACUUUUUUGUUGCUGUAUUUAUAGCUGAAUUAUAUAUAGCCGAAAAGGAUGAUUAGGCCUAAAGAUGAAGACAUAUCGGUGUAAAGAAAACUCUAGGUCUAGGAUGAUCACGAUUUCAUAUAACUAUUAUCCAAGAAAUGCCAAAAUACCUAUUCCAUCUGAAAUAGCGUGAUUGUGUCGAUUCUGAGCUUGAGACGUUCGAGUGCGUAAAAAACCGUUAAUCGUGGUCGAUAUACAAGAUCUCCAAGUUGAUUCGAAUUUCACAGGGAAAGAUCCGCAUUGAUAUCAAUGGCUUAAGUGGAGAUAUCAUUGAUUCCCUGAGGUUCUCUAUUAAAUACAUGGAAAUCAGUCGAGUUCCAUGGAAGAUAUUUAUAAGUUGAAUUUCUUUGACCAUUGGCAUCUCUGGUUGUCACAUUAUGACCUUGUUCGCGCAAUAUUUGUUUAAGCUAUGUAGUUCCUCUUAUCCAUCCAAUGUUAUGUUAUCGCUACUUGCUGAAUUAACCUAGGAUGUACUUUACGAUUACAGUAUUAAUAGGGUUAAAGCUUUCGGUGUCUAGCGCCAAUGACGCUGUAACCCUGGGCCCAGUAUUUUCUGUCACGAGUGUACUGUUGAUUUAACCUGCAAUAUUAAAGAUAAUAAACUUUUGCAAUAUAAUGGUCGUAAUGGUAGAGGUGGCAUUUAUAUCAUUCUGUAGUAUUAAGUUAAUUAUUGUUUACUCGACUAGUUGGAAUAUGUUUUUGGAUUGAAUUAGGGUGAGCCUGGUAUAACACACCGAGAAGGUGAGUUUGUUCCAUUAGUAGUGUAAGUGGUUUCAGGGCCAUUACGAUUGAGGUUUCAUCUGACGCUAUUAUUAUCACUGGCUAUCUUAAGUUAAUGGAACUUAGAGAUGCAAGUAGUGGGAGCUGCACGCUGUUUGACGGAUAUACUUUUUAGUCUUUUUAUAAGUUUGUAUCGUUGGUAUAUUAAAUAACUCCUUUGCCAAA